CGCGUUUCUGUGGAAGUAUUUAACACUUGUUUGUGAGGAGUAGGAGGAGGAGGAGGAGGUGAGGCGAAGGACAGAUAGGAAUAAAAAAAACCAUCUUACUCUGAAACGUUUUUGUUUUUUCUUUCUUUUUAUGUCUUGGCUUCAUUUUCCGCUGAGAAGAUGAGCGGUGGCGUGAAGCAGCCUGUGGAAAAUGGAGCAAAGGACAACAAAGCCAACGGCCAAUGCAGCCGGCUUAGACUCAAUCUACAAGAUCAGGACCAGUCAGGCUGCACCUCAGAGCGACUCAACAACAAGGAGAGCAGUAUAGCAGUAGUGCUGCCACAAAAACCAGAAGAGCAAGAAGAAACACUUGAACUCGUCACCCCAACAGACGUAGAAGUUGAAGUCAUCAAGGUUUACCUCGACGCCCGUCCAGAGACAGCACAGAGUGUCAGGAUGCUAACAGACGAGGUGUCACAGAUUCAGGAGGUGAGGUACUGUCUGAAGACUCUGAGAGAGCAGAUGGCGGCCAGGCAGAAUAAUAACAACAACAAGUAUCCAGCCAAUGGCUUCAGAGUCAUCAUGCCCAGCAACCAACCAGCUGUCUCCAAUGACAACACUGUUCUCAUUGAGUCAGAUGUUCAUGUUGCAGAUACUCAGGAGGAGAGUGUAAAGCUCAGGGAGGUGACCAAGCGUCUAUAUGCGCAGCUGAAGGACAUGGAGAGGAGGCAUCAAGAGGAGAGAGAGAGACUGCAGGCGGAGUCCAGUGAGUAUCAAUCUCGCCUGGUUGAGCAGUCAAAGAGGCUGCAGAAGGCGGAGGAGCAGUCAAAGGAGAGAGGUCAGCAGGUGGAGGAGCUGCAGAGGCUGCUGGGAAACAUGGAGGUUGAGAGCGGCAUCCUCAAAGACAAGAUGGCGGCAGGGGAGGCAGAGCUGCUGCAGCUUAAAGCAGGCAGUGAGGAGGGGGAGGAGAAGGAGCAGAGGGUCGUAGAGCUGGAGAAGGAGGUGGCCAUGCUGAGGGAAAAGAUUCAUCACCUUGACGACAUGUUAAAGAGUCAGCAGAGGAAGGUCCGCCACAUGAUCGAACAGCUGCAGAACUCCCGGACUAUCAUGCAAGAGAGAGAUCGAGUCAUCAGGGAUCUGGAGGAGAAGGUGGCUUUCCUGGAAGCUGAGAACAGAGAAAUGCAUGACCACAUGGAGUACUUCCUGGCAGGCCAGAAUCCUCCACCCCUGACGUCCAAUGAGAAUAAGCCAGAGGUCGUUUACAGUAAACCACUCACACCGACAACACAGACCAACAAGGUCCUCCCGUUCAUCAAAGUCAUUGAGAUCAAGUCCUGAAUGGAGUGUCAACCAAAGGAAUGAUCAGAAGUAAAACAAAAAAACUGUAAAUAUAUAUUUAACCAGCUACCGGUAUAUAAAACGUAGGUCUGCAGAAAAUUUCUCAGCCAUACAGAAUCAAAACAGGUAAAGUAAGAGAGAAUUGAAUCUAGGAUACAAACAUAGGGAGAAAUCCUAAAAAGGAAACAAAGAAGGAGCUGUGCAAUGCAAAGAAUUUUACUGAACCUUUUUAGAUGAAUUAAUGUACAGUUUACUGAGGAGUAGGCUUUGACCUGUGUCAGCAAGUCUCAAAGUUCUAGUUGCAGUAGCAAGAGCUCAGUAAAGUUCCCAAUGUUGUUAAAUUAUCCACCUCCACUUCUUUUCCAUUAACAAUAUAAAAUAAGCAGUUUGAGAUUAUUAACAGUUGUUAUUGUUGAUGUCUCUAUGUCACAUACACUUGGAUAAAUGUACAAAUAAUCAUUUUGUGUUGGGUGUUGUCAGCACUUCUUCAUACCACAGCCUGCUCAACCACAAUCCUAAGCAUCAGGGUUCGGGGUCAAAUUCCUCAGUGCUUUGCACCACAUUGCCAAUGGCAGGCAUGUAGUUAGCUAUGUCAGCAGCAUGAUUUAUGUUUACCUUCAUAUAUUUCUCUGACAUUAGAAUGUUAUUUUACAUAUUAGAAUUUUGACCUUCUUUUUUUUACUUAUGCUGGAAAAUACUUAAUGGAGGCUACAUGUAGAGACAGUGGCUGGUUGAUGUUACAAUUUUUUUUCUUAUCUACGCUGCCAAGUGCUGCCUCAACACACUCACUAUAAUAAACAGUUUUGUGCUAAAAGGUUGCAUAUUUAAUAACAAUAACUCUGAUUUAACUGAUAAACUUUCUUGUUGGUAUAAUUAUGCAGUUUGUAUGGACCUUACUGUUUCUUUCUGUAAAAUACUUUGUUGCAAUCCAGGAUGAACGUUUUUAUAAACUGAAUUACCUUUAACUGUGAACCUUGUAGUUAGAUACCCCGAAGUUCAGACUGUGUACUUUUAUUGUAGACUUUGUUAAAUCUUAUUUAAUUAUAAUAAAUGGCCUGGUUUAUCAGA